UUGUUUAAACGGUUUUUAUUCAUAUUGUUCUUCCCAACGGGACCAAACCCUAGAUUCUGGAUUGAGAAGUGCAAGAACAGAGAAAAAUGGAGGAAAAUCCCAAUAAACUCGAAAUUUACGAGCUCAGGUAUUCGGAUCUCUUCCUCUUGUCUACACAUUGCCAUUCUUCAUCUUCAUUACAAGGUAACGAACGGAUUGAAUCGAUAACCAAAUCGAUUUUUGAAGCCCUAGGCCCCAGUGGACCUGGCCUUCUCGCAAUCACCGGCGUCCCCAACUCUUCUGUUCUUCGUCGAACACUACUGCCUCUCGCUCGCAAGCUCGCAUUGCUCAAUCCUGAUGAUCGGAAACGGAUUCUUAAGGAUCAUAACUUAGGGAGUGAUGUUCCCUUGAGGAAUCCAGAAAGAAGUGUUUCGUCUUUUGCAAUGCAACUCAAAUAUACGGAGAGCAAAGAAUUCAUGCAGAAUAAUCAAAGCCAAAGAGGGGACAAACAGUCACCUGGUUCAGAAAUUGAUCACUUUUGUGAUUCUAUUGAGAAGGAAGUUCAAGACAAUGAAUUUAAACAUCUUGGUGAUUCAUUUAAAGAGCUUGGAAGUUGCAUGUUGGAACUGGGGCUUCACAUUGCACGGAUAUGUGAUGCGCAAAUCGGAGGCCAAGAGUUAGAACAGAGCUUGUUAGAGUCAUGCACUGCAAAAGGCCGUCUCAUACACUACCAUUCAGCUCUGGAUGCCCAGCUUUUAAGAAAAUCAACAAACUGCAAAGGAACUGCAAGAAACCAAGCUAAUUCUAGAAGAAAUAAAGAACAAAGCAUACACAGUAGGCAAGAGCCAUCAGACAGUAAUGGACUAUGUCAAUCAAUUACAAAUCUAUGGCAGCAAUGGCAUUAUGACUAUGGUAUCUUCACAGUCCUAACAACUCCCAUGUUUCUUUCACCAUCAAAUACCCACGGCAACGAAGCACAAGAUCUUUGUUGCUAUAGCGAGUGUUGUUCCCCCAGUGGACACUUGUAUUUGCAGAUUUUUGAUCCUUGUAAGAACGACAUUUUCAUGGUUAAUGCCCCACCAGAAAGCUUUAUCAUCCAGGUGGGCGAAUCGUCUGAUAUUAUAUCACGAGGGAAGCUUCGCUCCACUCUUCACUCUGUGUGCAGACCUUCCAAGCACGAGGAUUUGUGCAGAGAAAUGUUUGUUGUAUUCUUGCAGCCAGCUUGGAACAAAACGUUUUCGAUGUCUGAUUAUUCCAUUGAAAGCUCAACGUUGUCCGAGGACAAAAGAGAUCUUGUUGAACAGGAGGCAACUGUAAUAACUCGAGAAAUCCAGAAGAUAGUUCCACCAUUAGCAUCAAGAUUGAAGGAAGGGAUGACAUUUGCUGAGUUCUCACGUGAAACCACCAAGCAAUAUUACGGGGGAAAUGGUUUGCAAUCCAACAGAUGACCCAGUUACUCAGUUAUUUGGACAGAAACUGCCACGGAAAAACUUUUUGAUCAUCCUGGUAAAAGGGUGGUGAUUGACUAAUGCAUAGGAUGAUGCUCUCCUGAACCAAAAUGAUGGUGGAGGAAAAGAAAGCAAUCCUAUUUAUGACUCUGCUACCCCAAAAAUAGUCAACUGAGAGAGAAAGAAGUUGAUGUGACAUCCAAGUAGAUAGCCACAGCAGGUCCAGAUGUAAUCAUCACAAGAGAUUCGCCUAAGAAUUUUAACAAACAGGCAUAUGGAAUUACUCUUGGAGGUGUGAGAGACACGAGGCUCUAUGGGCCCGAACAUGAUGAUGAACCAAAUCCAUGUCGAAGUGUGGGUAUUAGCGUCAGCUAUCAGUUCUAGGGAUAGCGUUUCUUUGUUCCUCUUUGCUUUGAAAAAGUGGUCAUGAUUUUAGUGGGAGAUUGUUUUGCUCUACACUAUUAAGGUUUAUAGAUGAUCCACAUGUAAUAGUUGUAGUUGAAUAACCAUUUCAGUUCAUGUCUACUUGGUUUUUGAGAUUUUACCAUGGAUAUCUUUACCUCAUUUCACCGUGAGAUGACCUAAUGAAUCGGUGAUACGGUAGUUAAUAAGA